AACAAGGGAUAAUACAAUGGAGGAGCAAGAUGUAUGAACUGUUUCCAUACGAUGUUGCGUGCUGUUAAGCCAGAGUUGUUUGCCAAUGAGGACAAAAUUGGCAACGAAGUGAAAUGGGCUAAAGUUUAUGUGCAGAAUGAUACUGAUUCAUGUGGAGUUCAUGUCCUCUCUUGGCUACAAGAGUGGGAUGGCACUGUUCGUGAUGCUGCAGGAUAUACCAUGCCACGAUACUCCAAUGAUGAAUUGCAAGAGUUGAAGGUUGGCUGUUUGUGGUGGUUGGUUACCCAUCCACAAAAUGAACAUAGGGAUGAAGUGAUGUCAAUGCUAUCGGACUUCAACAAGAGCAAGAGGAGGAGAUAGAGGAGUCCAUUAAUUUUUUGUUCUGUUAUGCCAGGAUGUGUUAUGAGAUGAUUGGCACCUAAGGGUGUGAGCCAUGAGUGGCAAUAGCUUAAUGGUCAAUAGGUCCUUUUGUAACAAACUGAUCAAAUUAUGUUUAUAA